CGGGCUGGGCGCGCGGCUCGCUCCCCUUCGCAGCUUGCCGACCUGGGCCAGCAGGCUCCGGGCUCCCCCGCACCUCCCCAUACCUGCGCUGGGAGCGGCGUGCGAGGCGGAGCUGGACCUGCCGCUUCCACCCGCCUCCUCCUCGGAUUGAUAAAUAACUUCAGCCGCGGCGGCGGGUGCGAAGGUCGCGUCCGGCUGCGCAGCGGGAGAAGCCCCGGGGCGGAGAUUUGAGGACGCUCCCUGCAGCCCCGUGGCCCGGAGCCAUGUCGCCCGGCCCCGUGUGAGCCGGGACCCUCGGCGCUAGCAGCCUCGCGGCUGGGCUGGAUGCUCAGGGGCUGAACUCCCCCGGCUUACCGCGUCCUCCAUCCCCGGCUGCGCCCUGCGCCGGGUCCCGGCCAGGACAUGUCGGUCUCCGAGCUCUACACCAAGUACACAAAAGUUUGGAUUCCUGACCCUGAUGAAGUGUGGAGAUCAGGAGAAAUUAUCAAGGAUUACAAAGAAGGGGAUAAAAGCCUACACCUGAAAUUUGAAGAUGACACUAUCUGUGACUAUCCAGUUGAUCUCAAAACCAACCAACUGCCCUUCUUGCGUAAUCCAGAUAUUUUGGUGGGCGAAAAUGACCUGACAGCUCUAAGUUAUCUCCAUGAGCCUGCUGUCCUACAUAAUUUAAAAGUCAGAUUCUUGGAAUCGAAUCACAUCUAUACCUACUGUGGUAUUGUGCUUGUUGCCAUUAACCCAUACGAACAAUUGCCAAUCUAUGAACAAGAUGUCAUCUACGCAUACAGUGGCCAAAACAUGGGGGACAUGGAUCCUCACAUCUUUGCAGUGGCAGAAGAAGCCUACAAGCAAAUGGCUAGGGAUGAGAAGAACCAGUCCAUUAUCGUAAGCGGAGAAUCCGGUGCCGGAAAGACAGUCUCUGCCAAAUAUGCCAUGCGCUUCUUCGCAUCUGUUGGUGGCUCUGCCAGUGAGACGAACAUUGAAGAGAAGGUCCUUGCAUCCAGUCCAAUCAUGGAGGCAAUUGGAAAUGCUAAAACAACCAGGAACGACAAUAGCAGUCGCUUUGGGAAAUACAUUCAGAUUGGCUUUGAUAAAAGAUACCAUAUCAUUGGUGCCAACAUGAGGACGUAUCUAUUGGAAAAAUCAAGAGUUGUGUUCCAGGCAGAUGAUGAACGAAACUAUCAUAUCUUCUAUCAGCUGUGUGCCUCUGCCAGUCUUCCAGAAUUUAAAGACUUAGCACUAACAUGUGCUGAAGACUUUUUCUACACUUCUAUGGGAGGCGACACAACUAUUGAUGGAGUUGAUGAUGCUGAUGAUUUUGACAAAACCAGACAUGCUUUCACCCUGCUUGGAGUGAAAGAGUCCCAUCAGAUGAGCAUUUUUAAGAUAAUAGCUUCCAUCCUGCACCUAGGAAACUUGGAAAUUCAAGCAGAACGAGAUGGAGACUCUUGUAGUAUAUCGAAACAGGAUGAACACCUGAAUAAUUUUUGCAGAUUGCUUGGAGUGGAGCACAGCCAGAUGGAGCACUGGCUGUGCCAUCGGAAGCUUGUCACAACAGCUGAGACGUACAUCAAGCCCAUGUCUGUGCAGCAAGUCGUGAAUGCCAGGAAUGCGCUGGCCAAGCAUAUAUAUGCCCAGCUGUUUAACUGGAUUGUGGAGCAUAUCAACAAAGCCCUGCAUACCACUGUCAAGCAGCACUCAUUCAUUGGGGUUCUGGAUAUCUAUGGGUUUGAAACUUUUGAAGUGAAUAGCUUUGAACAGUUUUGUAUCAACUAUGCCAACGAAAAACUCCAACAGCAGUUCAACUCGCAUGUAUUUAAGCUGGAGCAAGAAGAGUAUAUGAAGGAACAAAUCCCUUGGACUCUUAUAGAUUUUUAUGACAAUCAGCCCUGCAUAGACCUUAUAGAAGCCAAACUUGGUAUCUUGGACCUAUUGGAUGAAGAGUGUAAGGUUCCUAAAGGAACUGACCAGAACUGGGCACAGAAAUUAUAUGACAGACAUUCCAGCAGCCAGCACUUCCAAAAACCUCGAAUGUCCAAUACCUCCUUCAUUGUUGUUCACUUUGCAGAUAAGGUGGAGUAUCAGUCUGAUGGAUUUCUGGAGAAAAAUAGGGACACUGUAUAUGAAGAACAGAUCAACAUACUGAAGGCCAGCAAGUAUCAAAUGGUAGCUGACUUAUUUCAAGAUGAAAAGGAUUCUGUGCCUGCUACUCCUAACAUAAAGGGAGCUGCCCCCAAAAUCAGCGUCCGUUCUGCCAGACCAGCUGUGAAAGCUGCCAACAAAGAGCACAAGAAAACCGUGGGGCACCAGUUCCGAAACUCCUUGCGUUUAUUGAUGGAGACGCUGAAUGCUACCACUCCACACUACGUGCGCUGCAUCAAGCCAAAUGAUGAGAAACUUCCAUUCAAAUUUGAUCCAAAGAGAGCAGUCCAGCAGUUAAGAGCCUGUGGUGUGUUGGAGACCAUCCGUAUCAGUGCAGCUGGCUACCCAUCCAGGUGGUCCUACCAUGACUUUUUCAAUAGGUAUCGAGUUCUUAUGAAAAAGAGGGAGAUCUCUAAAAAUGACAAGAAGUUGAUCUGUAAAACGCUUCUGGAAAACCUCAUUAAGGAUCCUGACAAGUUCCAGUUUGGACGUACCAAGAUCUUUUUCCGUGCAGGCCAGGUGGCAUAUCUGGAGAAACUGCGGGCAGAUAAAUUCAGAGCUGCUACUAUCAUGAUACAGAAGACAGUGCGGGGCUGGCUGCAGAGGGUGAAGUACAGAAGGAUGAGAAAUGCUGCAAUAACAAUCCAGAGGUAUACACGAGGACACCUAGCUCGCAGACUGGCAGACCACCUAAGGAAAACAAGAGCUGCCAUCAUUUUCCAGAAACAAUACCGAAUGUUGAGGAUCCUUCGUGCUUUCCAGAAAAUCCGCAACGCCACUAUCACUAUUCAGGCCUUCGCUCGGGGCAUGUUUGUCAGGAAAAUUUACCUCAAGAUCCUUUUGGAGCACAAAGCUACCAUCAUCCAGAAACGUGCCCGGGCCUGGCUGGCGCGUAAGCAAUUCCUCCGCUUCAAGUGUGCAGCUGUGGUCAUCCAAUGCUACUUCAGGCGCAUGAAGGCCAGGCAAGAGCUGAAGAAACUGAAGAUUGAAGCACGGUCUGCACAGCACUUGAAGAAACUCAAUAUCGGCAUGGAGAACAAGGUGGUUCAGCUUCAGAGGAAGAUAGAUGAUCAGAACAAAGAAUACAGGCACCUGAAUGAGCAGCUCUCUGCACUUACCUCUGCCUAUUCCACUGAUGUGGAAAAGCUGAAGAAGGAGCUGGAGCAAUAUCGGCAGAAUCGGGGGGAUACCAACCAGCUUGUAAACUUGAAAAAAGAGAUUGAGAGCCUCAGGCUGGAGCUCGAGAAAUCCCACAGUGAAAGGAAGAUUAUUGAAGACACCUAUGAUAAGGAGAAAGAUCUACUCCGAAAGCGCGUAUCAGACCUAGAAGAGGAGAAUGCUCUUUUGAAACAGGAAAAAGAGGAGCUUAACAACCGAAUCCUAUGUCAGUCUGAAGAUGAAUUUGCCCAAACCACUGUCAAGGAAAAUCUCCUGACGAAGAAGGAGCUGGAAGAGGAGCGAUCUCGUUAUCAGAACCUGGUAAAGGAGUAUUCAAGGCUGGAGCAGAGAUAUGACAAUUUGAGGGAUGAGAUGACUAUUAUAAAGCAGACCCCAGGACACAGAAGGAACCCAUCUAACCAGAGCAGUCUAGAGUCUGAUUCCAAUUGUCCAUCAGUCUCUACAUCUGAGAUAGGAGACACAGAGGAUGCAAUACAACAAGUGGAGGAUGUUGGUUUGGAUAAAGCAGCCAUGGAUAUGACUCUCUUCCUGAAGCUACAAAAGCGAGUGAGGGAGCUUGAACAGGAGAGAAAGAAACUACAAACCCAGCUGGAGAAAAAGAAAUCCCAGGUAAUUGAAACGAAGAAUGAAAUGGAUUCAGACCGUGAUACAGAUCUAGCCUACAACAGUCUGAAGAGGCAAGAAUUGGAAUCGGAGAACAAGAAACUGAAAAAUGAACUGAAUGAGCUGAGGAAGACUAUUGUAGACCGGGUGACCCAAAACAACUCAUCCAGUGAUAUCCAGGACAGUUAUACCCUCUUAUUAAACCAGCUUAAAUCAGCCAAUGAGGAACUGGAAGUGCGGAAAGAGGAGGUGCUUAUCCUAAGGACACAGAUUAUAAAGGCAGCCCAGCAAAAAGACACUGGCAAAAAUAUGGACUCAAACAUCAACACGUAUACCAGCUGGCCAAACAGCGACAAGCAUGUCGAUGCAGAGGAUGCAAUUGAGGCCUACCAUGGGGUGUGUCAGACAAAUCGGCUCCUGGAAGCCCAGCUUCAGGAUCAGAGGAGAGAGCACGAAGAGGAGGUGGAAACGCUGAAAACCCAGAUGGAAACCCUGAGAGAAGAGAUGGAGAAACAGCAGCAGGCAUUUUUCCAGACCCUACAGCUACCACCAGAGGCCCAGGUGGAAUUUGGCAUCCAGCAAGAAAUCACACGUCUCACAAAUGAAAAUCUGGAUCUCAAAGAGUUACUAGAAAAACUAGAAAAGAAUGAGAAGAAGCUGAAGAAACAGCUGAAGAUUUACAUGAAGAAGGUCCAGGAUUUUGAAGCGACCCAAGCUACAGCACAGACAGAGAGGAGGCGACAUGAGCUUACCAGGCAGGUCACUGUCCAACGGAAGGAAAAAGAUUUCCAGGGAAUGUUGGAAUAUUACAAGGAAGAUGAGCCACUUCUCAUCCGAAACCUCAUUACAGAUCUCAAACCGCAGACAGUUUCUGCCACAGUUCCAUGUCUUCCUGCUUACAUCCUCUACAUGUGCAUCAGGCAUGCAGAUUACAUCAAUGACGACCAGAAAGUGCACUCCUUACUCACCUCCACCAUAAACGGCAUUAAGAAAGUAUUAAAGAAACACAAUGAUGACUUUCAGAUGACGUCAUUUUGGUUGGCUAACACCUGUCGCCUCUUACAUUGUCUAAAGCAGUACAGCGGGGAUACGGGUUUUAUGACACAAAAUACCGCUAAGCAGAAUGAGCACUGUCUUAAGAAUUUUGACCUCACGGAGUACCGGCAGGUUUUAAGUGACCUCUCCAUUCAGAUCUAUCAGCAGCUCUUUAAGAUAGCAGAAGGCAUGUUGCAACCCAUGAUAGUGUCUGCAAUGUUGGAAAAUGAGAGUAUCCAGGGUCUGUCAGGCGUGAAGCCAAUGGGCUACAGGAACCGAUCAUCCAGCAUGGUAGAUGGUGACAACUCUUACAGCUUAGACGCAGUCAUUCGCCAACUGAAUACGUUUCACAGCAUCAUGUGUGACCAGGGCUUGGACCCGGAGAUUAUUCAGCAAGUCUUCAAGCAGCUCUUCUACAUGAUCAAUGCAGUAACGCUGAACAACCUCCUGCUGAGAAAAGAUGUCUGUUCGUGGAGCACUGGUAUGCAGCUCAGGUAUAACAUAAGCCAGCUGGAGGAAUGGUUGCGUGGGAAGAAUUUGCAACAGAGUGGAGCAGCAGAGACAGUGGAACCCCUGAUCCAGGCAGCACAACUGCUUCAGCUCAAAAAGAAAACUUCAGAAGAUGCUGAGGCUAUCUGUUCCUUAUGUACAUCCCUCUCUACGCAGCAGAUUGUAAAAAUAUUAAAUCUCUAUACUCCUGUUAAUGAGUUUGAAGAACGUGUGACAGUAGCCUUCAUACGAAACAUUCAGGCAAAUUUGCAAGAGCGAAAUGACCCUCCACAGCUGCUGUUAGACUACAAAUAUAUGUUCCCAGUUUUGUUUCCGUUCAGCCCAUCCUCCAUAACCAUGGACUCUAUUCACAUCCCUGCUUCUCUCAACUUGGAAUUUCUCAAUGAAGUCUGAAGAAAAUGUCUUCGAACCGGUCCCCCUUCGCCAGAGAAUUCAAGCAAAAAAAAGAAAGAUCUUUUUAAUGUGGACCAAACAAGAUUAUGGAAGAACCAAUACACAGUAAUCAGUUAGUGUUAAACUUUAUACUAUAGUAAGAAACUGAUCUUGUAUGUGAUUUUUUUUUGUAACUUGCAGCUCAAAAUAAGAAUUCUUGAAAUACAGAAUUUUUUUACUGCUUGAUUUCAUGUUGAAAUAGUGCAAAGCCCAUAGCAGAGUCUCCAACAGAUAUGAACAGCAAACACUGGGCAAGUGGGAGAUGGUUAAUUUGGUCUUCAUAAGGGGCUAUGAAGAAACUCCAGAUAAAAAUCAAAGUCAAAACACUGUCUUCAGAAAAACGAUGGCAUUGAUAAGGUGAUUUGUACAUAUUAAUGCAUUUCUAUGCAGAGAUACAAUUUCACAUUUGUUCCUGUUGCUAGUCACUGUAUCACAAUAGUCAGUUCAGGAAUGUAAGUUGCAAAAUGUGCAAAUAAGUGUUCAUCACACAGAUUAAGGUGACAGACUAAAAACUAUGCUUGUUUUCACCAAGGUGGAUUUCAUUUGUCAGGAAUUCUGACUUCCUGAAAGUCACCAUUGCUCUACAGGUUUUUAAUACCUUACAUAAUUAUGGAGGGCAGUAGCUGUUUCCAUGGGCUGAUAUAGCCAGUACCAGAAUCCAUGUAACAAAACUAUACCUACACCCAUGGACGUCCCUAGGGGGGUUUCGGGCCCGGGACAUAGGCGCCAAGUUUCUAAUCUGUCAAGAGGUGCUCCCCUGGCUCCGCCCCCACUCCACCCCUUCCCCCAAGGUACCGCCUAUUCCUGCCCCGCCUCUUCCCCACCCAGUUUCGCUCCUCUCCCCUCCCCCCAGCACUUCCUGACGCCGUGAAAUAACUGAUCCACGGUAGGCGCUGAGAAGCAGGUGCAGGUGCUGGGGGGAAGGGGAGGUUCUGGUAGGGGAGCUGCCAGUGGCCGCUGCUCACCUCAUUACCCGCCCGCACGCCGCUCUCCUCCUUGCUGUCUGCCCGUGCGCCUGCCUCCUCAUCCCCUUCCUGCCUGCCGCUCACCUCCCCAUUUGCCCUCUGACCCUGCUUGCCCUCCUGCCUCACCUCCCUACCCGCCUCCUCACAAUUUUAUGGAAGCGUGGGGCAGGGGUGGUCGCCCCGAUUAGCCAUACCCAAGGGAUAGCUCUGCCUACACCAUUCUAUAACUUAUGGCAUUUUUCAUAUGCAAGGAUAACACAUGUAAAUCCAAUCUAGUUAAAUGAAGUUCCUGAUCCUGCUCACACUGGGUGAAAUCCUAGCCCUAAUUAAGUCAGUGGAAAAACUCCAAUUGACUUAGGGUCAGAAUUUUACCCAUUGAAUUCAAUAGCAAUACUUCUAUUGAUCAGUGGUGCAGCUUCAGGGCCUAAGCUAACAAAAGGAAUACUAGCAAUAAUUUGUUUAAUUCACAGUGUUUGAAAGCAAAAGAGAAUGGGUAAGAAAUGGAAUGACUAAGUCCAUGUCUAUACUAGCACUUAUGUUGGCAAAACUUUUGUCGCUGAGGGAUGUGAAAAAAAGACCUCCCUGAGCGACAUAAAUUUUGCCGGCACAAGCACUCAUGUGCACGGCGCUAUGUUGGCAGGAGACGCUCACUGACCUGGUUUUAUUCUAUUGACAGGAGAGCUCUCUCCUGUUGGCAUAACACAGAUAAAUAAGUGCUCUUACAGCGGCAUAGCUGUGUCGCUGUAAACUUGUAAGUGUAGAAAUGGCCCAACUCAAAAAUCCUACAACUAGUAUUUUGAUAACCCAAAGCAUUUUUUAACAGAACCCAGAUGUCAACAAUAAUCUUAAAUUCCUAUCAGAAUAAUGAAUUAAAACCUGUCAAAUACAAGAGGUUAUCACAUAAAAUCAUCUGAAUUGUAAUCCAAUAGGAUUUUUUUAAAUCCAAUAGGAUUUUUUGAAAUCCUUAAUAAUAUAAAAAGUUCCCUCUUCCUCACUAUUCAGGAAUUAAUUCAGGAAUUAAAAUGGGUCUGCUAUUCCCAAAGCAUUUAUUGAUCAUUCUCAGUACUUGCCAGAAUCUAUUUAAUUCCCAGUAAUCAUAGGAAAUGCUAUCCUUGCCAGAAGAAAAUGGCAUCUAAAGGUAGACAGUGCCAUAUAACAGCAAUGAUUGUAUUAAUUUGUGAUGGGGCAUGUUUGCAAAUUAUGACCUUUGCAGUUCUAACUUUCCAGGCUGCAAAAUGCAAUGGGGAUAUUUGUCACUUGCAAAGGCCCAAUCUUUUGCAAAUCAUGAACAUGUAGGCCUGUUCACCUCCAUAAUGGUCCUGCCUAAGAAAAUCUUGAUUUCUUUGCAUUUACUGCUAUGGUUCUUACAGUGUCUCAGCAGUUCCAUGAUGACAAAGUGCUUUUUAGAAAAACCUAUCUGCAUUUUUCAGACUAAUUUUUAGUUGCUGUAAAUAAUCUCCAAAUAGCAAAUUUAUGAUUAGGUAUCCAAUUAUCCCAGAACAUGAGACUCUCUUAGACAUACACUACACCCCAAACACGCCAUACCAUGGGUCACCUUUUAGACAAGGAGUGUGUCUUGAUUUAGACAUUAUGUAUAUAAUCUAUGUAUAUGCACAUACUAUAAUAGUCCUGUAUAUGUAUAUUGCUAUAAAAAGCAAAUGUUAAAGAAAUGAGUGCUAGUAAGAGUUAUAUUGGACUAUGUCUACAGUAAAAGAACAUGCGCUCAAACAAAAGACUCUGGUUUAGCAUAGCUAUUACCAGUGAAGGAUAUAAGUAAGCCAAUUCACAAUGAAGGAGGAAUCUUUUCCUAGAACCAGUGCCCAUAAUAGAGAAUAGCAGAACAUUUUAUUGCCUGCACAAUACCAGCACUACCUCCAAACUACACUCCUUGAUCAUUUGCAUCUAUUGUAUGUAUUCAGUAAUGCCUUCAUUUUCCUUCCAUUUACAGUCUCACACUACAUGUUGGCUGCAGCUCAGAAAACCCGCUUUCUUGCACUUCUCAGUGUCAAAUGCCUGUCUAAAGUAGUAUUUUUUAUUAUAGCUACCUCUUCCUCUACAAUAUUUCUUCAAAGCAUAUGUUAAAUUUUUCACUGCAUUUUAUUUUUCAAUUAAAUCCUAUGUUUCUCCUGCUGUGAACCCAUCUUCACACUAAAGAAAAAUAAUCUAAAGCAAAACUUAGUCCGGUCAGAUGGUUACACAGAUGCUAUCCUCACAACUCAUCUUAUGCCAGCAGUUUCCUCUCAGGCUCUUCGGGUCUCUACCUCUCUCUAAUGUUGUGAAUUAUUCACUGUACGAUUCCAACAGGAUUCACCAAACUUAAUGCUUAUUAAUCAGACUAAAUUAAAGACCGCUGCAGAAUCCUCUUCCACAAUGGUCUUGUUACUAAUCACAGGUGUAAAAUGUGGUUAAUGUUCUUCAAAGGGAUAAUGGUAUUUCACUGGGAGCUGUAAGGAACUUAAUUUAUAUGUAUUAUAAAAAGAAUCUCUUACAAACCAUUAGUAUUGAAAUAUAUAGGAACUGGGUAUUUAAUGUUUUGAUGUGUAGUAAUUAAACUUAUCCACUAAGCUGCAUUUGGAAAAGGAUUCUGCAGAAAAUAUCUUUAAUGUACAUGAUCUUUUCUGUUAGCAAUUUUUAAAAUAUCUGGUUUAAUUCAGUUGUAUUAUCAUGCUCAAAUAGGCCUUUUUCCCUCAAAAAUCUGCAAUGUCUUUACAUUAAAAAAAAUACAAAAAUGUUAAAUGUAAAAGCACGGCUUUUGGAAAACUUUGCUUUUCAGAUUUGUUUUUAAUAUUGAUGACUAAGAUGAGCACUUUCCCACUGUGUGCCUUUAGCUGUUACUAAGAUAACUGUGACUUCUCAAUGUUUCUCUGAAAAAAGUGUUAAACUGUGGGAAAAUUUUAAUGUCAUAUCAUAAAGUCCAUAGAUUCAAAAGUUCUCUUAUAAAGCAUUACAUUACACUGAGAAGGUUUGCAAAAAUGUUUUUAAUCUCAUCGCAUUUUUUCCCAUGCAUUGUAUUUCUAUGGGUAUGAUUGGGACUAGCCCCCAAUCUCCAAGGAAAUAUAUACUAUAUGUAAUAUAAAAAUAAUCAACACUGACUAUAACCAUAAACUUGACUUCAUGCAUGCAUUCUGUGCUCUGUAGUCCAUGUUCAAGACACUUCCACAACAUCCAGGACAUAACUUCCAAAAGUUUUAUUUUAGUUUGAAACUGGCUUCAGUUUCUUUUCAAUUGUAUUUUUUGUAGCCGCUCCUGUUGAUCUUUCACAGCUACUGUAAAUUUACACUAAGAGCUUGGUGAAAGGAACAUCCGCCAUCAAAGCUCAAAACUGAAUUGUGCAACCCUUGCCUGUGCAAAAUAAAUCCUAAUUCAAUUACAUCAUUGAAUCCACUGGAACUAAUCAUAAGUGAGAAUUUUUCACGUGAGCAAGGAUAGCAAGAUUGUAUACCUAGAUCCUGCAACCAUACACAUAAAUAACUUUGUGAGUAGUCCCAUUGUAGUCAAUAGACCUGAUUCUCCACUCUAUUAGCUGUAAGACCAAUAAUAAUAGUGGAGACUCAAACCCAAUCUGACCACAUGAGUAAAAUUACUCACAUGUGUAAGUGUUCACAAGAUUUCACCCUCAAUUUGUACAGCCCAAGUGAAUUGCAAAAGAUUUAAGUGACAUUAAUGAUAAAACACUUGUAAUAAUAGGUCAUAUUUCUUUCCCACUCAGCCUAUUAUCUGACUAUGUACAUUUAUUCUCGUCAGAUUAAAACUGUUGCGGACAGUGUUGCAGAAUUAACAUUUCCUAACUGCACUUAAAUGUGCCAAUGUAAUUAAAGUAUAUUGCAUGAACCACCAUAAACCUUCUCUUCCAACUUUAUUGAAUUACAUAUAUUACAACCAUAACUGAAAAUUAUUUUCUUUCUGAAAUUAUAGAAGAGUAAAUGUUAAAGUGAAACAAUUUGGAAAAUAUUUUUCCCUUCAAAAGUAUAGAAUUUAUUUUUUAAAAACUGCAAAUGUCAGAAAAUAGAUCUUGAAACAAAACUGAAAUUUAAACAAUCAAACUCUGUCCAAAACUGUGCUACAGUCCAAGUCCUAUUUUUUGUGUGUGAAGUUUCAUUACCUUAACAAACAGAAGGUGCAGCUGUUCUGAAGGAGUUUGAAUGCUAUUCAGGGGGUAAACCCUGAAUGUAGAUGAAAUACUACUGCUGAUAAAAUAUUUUUCCAUUUUGAACAAAUCUGUAAACUACACCUUUGUUUAUAGGAAAAUGCUUGUAAUAGUUACUGUAAUAUUCAGCUGUGGAUAAAAAUUUGUGAAAUAAAUACUUUUGAAUAAAUUAAAUUGUGACUUUU